CAUGUAAUAGUUUGGGGACAAACAUGUUCUUCCCCCUGAAUAAAACUAAGAGAUCAACACAUGUAGGCAGCUACCAUAUUAUCGUUGAACAACAAGAUGACUGGCAGAUGCUGGAUUGGUCAACUACAAUCAUCAUCAUUAUCAGCAGCAGCAGCAUCAUCAUCAUCAAGAACAUUGCUUUACAGAGUUUUAGAGCAAAACCCAGAUCGGAUUUGUCACUGUUUUGAUAGAAUUGGCAUCCUUUUAUCCUUUUCCUUUCACAUCUAUAUAUAUGUGCGUGCGUGCAUGUAUGUGUAUGUAUCUGUGUAGAUGUACUCAAGCAAUUUAACAGGGUUUGUACUGGCACUGGUUUCCAGUACCUUCAUAGGGACCAGUUUUAUAAUCAAGAAGAAGGGUCUUAGGAAAGCUGGUGUUAGUGGUCCUCGAGCAAGUGUCGGAGGCUAUGGUUAUUUGCUGGAGCCACUUUGGUGGAUAGGCAUGAUUAGUAUGAUUGUUGGAGAAAUUGCCAAUUUUGUAGCAUACGUUUACGCUCCUGCUGUUCUAGUGACACCACUUGGUGCAUUGAGUAUCAUUGUUAGUGCGGUAUUAGCCCAUUUAUUGUUGGGGGAAAAGCUGCAAAAAAUGGGGGUGUUGGGUUGUCUUCUAUGCAUAGUCGGUUCUACUGUGAUUGUGCUACAUGCACCUGAAGAACGGUCCAUCAAUUCAGUUAAAGAAAUCUGGGAGUUAGCUAUCCAGCCUGAAUUUCUUUUAUAUACAGCCUCUGCGGCAGCUAUAGCAUUGGUGCUCAUUUGGUAUUUUUCUCCACGCUAUGGCCAAACCAACAUUUUGGUCUAUAUAGGAAUUUGCUCAGUAAUUGGAUCAUUGACAGUUAUGAGUAUAAAAGCCAUUGGCAUUGCAAUAAAAUUAACGCUAGAGGGCACAAACCAAGCCAAAUACUUCCAAACGUGGAUUUUUGCAAUGGUUGCAAUUACUUGCAUCAUCACUCAAUUAAAUUAUCUAAACAUGGCACUGGAUACGUUCAACACAGCAGUUGUUUCUCCCAUCUAUUAUGCCGGGUUUACAUCUUUUACAAUUCUUGCCAGUGCAAUAAUGUUUAAGGAUUAUUCUGGUCAAAGUGCAAGCAGCAUUGCUUCGGAGCUUUGUGGGUUUGUUACUGUGUUAUCUGGCACCUUUGUAUUACAUAGCACCAGAGAACCAGAUCCACCAAUCCUGACAGAUCUUUAUACACCAUUGUCUCCAAAGGUAUCAUGGUACAUCCAAAGCAGUGGAGAGCAUUGGAAACAGAAAGAUGAAGACGGCCCAUCUCCCAAUUUUAUCACAAUUCUUCGGCAAGACCAUUUCAAGUGAAAGAUAGUAUACUUGAGGUGCUAAAGUUUUCAAUUUUUGGUGGCACCUAAGGCCCCAAGCAGGACUGCUCGAGUGUCAAAUGCUUGUGCAGGGGAACACCGUGUGGUAAUCUUUUUGUUAGCGAAUACUUCUGAGUGUCGAAAACAAAUUUAUCUUGCAGUCUAGUCUUAUGCCAUAGCCGUUUGUAGUGGUCUCUCAUCUCACUUUAUUUUGAUUCUCACAUUUUUGAAUUCCCUUUCUCAGCUUGUAGCAAUAUUUGAUUUCAUUCCUCCAAACAUGUUCAGUCUCGUGUGGAGGUUUCAAACUGAGCUAACCCAUGUAGUUGGGUCUGGUCUUUGUAAUCUAAUUGAUUUGAUUUUAUGUGACAAAUUUAGUAAAUUCGACUCUUUGGUUAUGUUGAAA